AUGCUGCCUUACCUGUUCCCUGAGCUGUCCACCUUUGCUACAGUCGCCGAUCUUAUCACCCACCUUCGCACUAGUGACGCUCGCCUGCGUGCCGCCCUUCCCACUGAGUUCUGCGCUAAGAACCCCCCUCCACUGUACUGGACACUCCACUUCAUAGUCACCCGUCUCCCUGACACCCUCAGCUCAGUGCGCGACUAUUUCCUUGCUCGCUGUCCCACUGAGCUCACUGUCGCCCUCCUAGAGGAGAAGCUGCUAGCAGCCGAGAAGAGCAUUGUAGCUGUAGGUGCUGCUCGCGGCGCUCCUCGCACCCCCAUCUUUGAGGGGUGCUCUCCCUCUCCCCUCGCUCCCUCCUAUGCUACUGCUGCUGCUGUUGACUUCCUUGGUGCUGAGUCUGCUGGCGCUGCUUCUGCUCCUGGUGGGAGGCGCCGCACCGGCAAGGGCAAGGGGGGCAAGGGUGGCGGGGGUGGCGCUGGGGGGGGAGGAGGUGGGGGAGGUGGGGGGGGAGGCGGUGCUGGAGGGAGCGGUGGCGGGAGUGCUGGUGGGAGUGGGGUCGGCAGCGGAGAGGCGGUGGCCGGCGGAGGGGCGGUGGCGGUGGUGGCGGCGGCGGCGGUGGCGGCGGUGGCAGUGGCGGCGGUGGCGGUAGCGGCAGUGGCGGUCGGAGCGGAGGUGGUGGUGGCGGCGGAGGUCGGAGUGGUGGCACUGGCUCGGGCCAGAGCUCCCAGCCGCAGCAGCGUCCCCAGUCGACCCAGCAGCUUCGUGAGUGGCUUGCUCAGCGUGGGACGUCGGGGGGCAGUGGCCGCUGUUCCUAUGUCAUUCGCACAGGUGACCGCAAGGGACAGACGUGUGGGAGGUUCCACACCCCGUACCGCUGCUUCUCCCGCCUUGACGACGCUUGGCGUGAGGAGAUGGGCGAGGAUGUUGAGCGCCCCUGCUGGGCGGAGCUGA